AUGUUCAGUGAGAUACCUUCGGAAACUCCUCUGUCAACAGUUGUUAUGGUAUCUAACGCACUGACUACACGUACUGUGCCAACAGCGAGAAAAACUACAACAUCUAAACACACGAUAUCAAGUCCAAACUCAAGGACAACUUCAACUUCAAAUACUUUACCAUCACCUCAUGCCACAGAGUUAACUUCCUCUCCCCCCACCCCGAGUAACACGACACGUGGAGAGUCUGCUACCACACAACCAACAUGGGUCACAGUGCAAAAUGAAACAAAUAUCGACGAAUACAACUCAACAAUCAAACAAACAAUCAGGAUAUCGAACACGUCAGCUGAAGCCUCGGAUAACGACACGAAAGUUACACAAACACCAAAGCUUUCAAAAAUGACUACCUCGUAUAUUUCAUUACGAAAUUCCUCAAUCAAAGCAGUUUUUCGAGUAACAACAAAAUCGUCCAAUAUCGAUAAGGAUAUGGACAGAAAUAUCGAUACAGAUAUGGACAGAAAUAUCAAUACAGAUGUGGACAGAAAUAUCAAUACAAAUGUGGACACAAAUAUCGAUACAGACACAGACAUCGAUGCAGGUGCACAUUUUAAUUCCUCUUCAAAGCUGUCUCUAGACGAUGCGACACACCCUGCAAUAUCAACAUACAUAUUAUCAAAGGAGUUUUUAGAAACAACUACAUCAUUAACGCGACUUAAACCGAUGGAAACUACGAAAGAAAUAACAAAAUCCACAGAUGAAUUCUACGAUAAAGCUGAACUUAAUAAAGGAGACAAUGAAGGACUGGAUGAAAAAUACAUUAUUGUGAUUGGCAUUUUCUCAACAACCGCCAUCAUAGCACUGAUCGUCAGUGUGCUGUGUGUCAUCGCAUGGAGGAAGAGAAGAAGGAGGAGGCGAGAAAAUGAUCAAAAAGAUGUCGAAUAUAAGUUGGUAAAUAAAGAAAAGCUACAGAUUCCCUCCGAUGAUCGGUUUCUGUAG